GUUAUAACCAGUUAUAGCCCUGCCACUGCGAUGCAUUCUUCUGAUCCCCGUUACCGCCACAAUAUUCGCCCUGUCUAGGAUUCAGGCGGAUAUCAUCGGAAUUUCAAGUCUAAAAAGACGUGCAUGACCCUGUUCAAGUUCUCUUGACGCACAUACGACUUGCAUCCUUCUCUUCCCUCUCUGAUCUGCUUCUGAAUUUUCCACUGGAACUGCUAUGACGAGUGCGAUCGCUAUCUCUCACGGGCCCGCUCUAGUCGGGGUUUUCGUGAGCUGCAUGCUCUAUGGGUCUAUGGUCACUCAGGUAUAUUAUUACUCGACGCGAUUCCGAAGCGAUCCAACUUGGAUGAGAUGCUUUGUGUACUUUCUGUUCAUAAUGGACAGCAUCAGUACCAUAUUCGCAAUUUGGUGGAUCUAUGAUCUCGUCGUUAACAACUUUGGCAACAUAGCAGCCUUUGGCGUUACGAAUUGGCUCUUCAUAAUGGACCCCAUGUGCAUCGCUAUCAUAGCUACUGCUUGCCAGCUGUUCUUUGCUAGGCGGGUCAAGAUUCUUACAGGAAAGGUAUGGCUCGGAGCAUUGGUAGCAGCCUCUUCGAUAACAUGUGGACUGUGCACCCUUGGAACGGUCAUUGGCUUGACAAUGGUCACAUCGAUGGCUGAGUUCCACAGACUAGAUCCCAUCAUCUACCCGUGGCUUGUUUCUAGCGCUUUCGUCGAUGUCAUGACAGCACUGAUCCUGACCCAUCAUCUUCGUAAACAUUUCGGUGGCUUCCGUCGGACAGAAAUGCUGGUGAAUAAAUUGGUUCGGUUGACCAUCGCCAAUGGCCUGUUUACUGCAUUGUCUGCAUUGAUGGAGUUCAUCCUAUUCAUCGCAUCGCCUAACACUGGAGUCCAUAUAUUGUUCAGUUUUCUCAUUCCAAAAUUGUACACUAACUCUGUGCUGUCGAGCCUCAACCAACGGCCAUCCGAGUCUGGAUCAGAAGUCUAUACGUCGUCCAAGUCUGGUCCAACAGUUCCUCCGACGAACAUCCAAUUAAGAUCCACAAACAUGAGGCGUGUACGUAGAUUAUAUGGUUACCAUUCUACAUGCUUCGAGUUUAACGCCUCGCAUACAGGAUGCUCAAGAUGUACGUCCCAACCCCGCCUUGAGAAUGAUGGCACUAACUUCAGUUUCACUAGCCUAACCUGGUCAUUACUAUCGAUACCGAUACACAUCAAGUCGUUGAUAUGCCAUCAAAGUCAAGCCCCGAUUGGGACCACACUAGUUCUAAAGACACCGAUGCAAAGGCCGUUUAACGUAGUGUUCCUGUUUCCGGCCCUGCUCGAGUUGGUCACGUACUAUUCAGAUUAUUCGUUACUACUGUCAUAAAAUUAUCACUGUGGGCUGGAAAUAUUAGAAGCCUCCAUCGGUCCUAUAUCCCGAGAGUAUUUGUCGACUUCAAAUAUCGAGUAUUCGUUGAUCAUCCCAUCAAUGCAUAAUUAAAAAUAUAGAAC